AUGUCCACUGAAGAACAAAAAUCAAGACCAAAGCCAUGUUGUGUUUGCUUAGAUGAACGUAAAUUACGUGAUGAGUGUCUUUUAUACAAAGGAUUGGAAAGUGGGAAAUGUGCCGAUGUCAUCAAGCAAUAUACCGAUUGUAUGAUUGGUUAUGGAUUCAAGCCAAAUGAAAUUCCAAAAGCUUAA